AUGAUACCCGCAAAACGUUUAACUAAGAUGGCAACUAUUGUAAACUCCACCGUAAUUCCUGAAAAAUCCACCAGUUUUUAUCAUUAUCUAUUUACAGAAAUUGCAGAUCCCAGAACUAACUCAUGGUUCCUUAUAAAAGAUCCUGGUCCUGGCUUAGCUAUUAUAAUCAGCUGGAUGUAUUUUGUUCUUAAUAUCGGUCCGAAAAUGAUGAAGGAUAGGGAGCCAUUUAACCUACGAAAAACUAUUAUAGUAUAUAAUUUAGUGCAAGUUAUUAUAAGCUCAUAUCUAUUUAUAAGGGCAGGUGUUAUAGGUUGGUUUGGUAAAUACAGCUUGAGAUGUCAGCCAAUUGAUUUUUCUGAUGCACCUGAAGCGCAGGAGAUGCGCGAAUUAAUGUAUAUGUAUUUCAUAAACAAAUUGUUGGAACUCCUCGAUACAGUAUUCUUCGUACUUAGAAAAAAACAGAACCAAGUGACGUUUCUUCAUAUGUAUCACCAUACCGUGAUGCCCAUGGUAUCAUGGGGAGGAUUAAAGUAUGUUCCCGGUGGCCACGGAACCUUGAUAGGAUUUAUAAACUGUUUUGUACAUAUUGUUAUGUACAGUUAUUAUUCACUAGCAGCCUUUGGACCAAAGAUACAGAAAUAUUUGUGGUGGAAGAAAUAUAUAACUGCAAUGCAAUUGGGCCAGUUCUGCAUAGUGUUUAUACACAACAGCCAAUUGUUUUUCGUAGACUGUGGAUAUCCAAGAUGGACAGCGUUUGUCACAAUGCCGAAUGCAGUAUUUUUCUACUUUUUAUUUUCACAUUUUUAUAAACAGGCAUAUGGUUCUAGUAAACAAUCUAAGAAGUCUGAUAAAAACACUAUGAAGAUUGAAACUAAUAAUAACACGCCACAAAAAGAAAUUAAGGAAACUAAAAGUUCAUCCGUCAAAGCUCACAAUGCUUGA